AUGGCAACAUUCUUGCGCAAGUUAUCUCCGGAUAUCUUGCGUAGAAUAGCCAAGGCAAACAAGAACGAUUUCUGGAUUUACGUGAGUCACUGGGAACAACUGUUCGUGACUGCUAUACCUUUAUCAGCUGUAUUAGCAAUUCCAAUGGCUUUGUAUCUGCCAUCGGGGUGGGGCAGGAAACCAACUUUGAUCUUAGGAUCAUUCUGUUUGUUGGCCGGAUCAAUUUUGUUGCUGUGGUUUCCUAGCCCUAGUGUUGCACGUGGGGAUGCUAAUUCAAGGAUUAGGACUCGGAAUCGCAUUUCAGAUUAUUCCGAUGAUGUAUGUGGAAACCGUGUCCCCUGUCACAGAACAAAAUUGAUUUGGUCUUCCAGUACAUGGUUCGGGUUGCUAGGUUUUGUGGUGGAAGCCGAAAAAGAACUUAAAAAGCUUCGUAGAUAUGAUUCGGAGGUCAAUAGAGAAUUUGAAGACUUGGCUGGAAUUGGAAUUGGAGUUAACAAACAAGUCGAAGAUCUGUGUGACUAUCGCUCUCGCCCAGCACUGUUGAUAGAUGUUGCUGUGACUUUUAUGUCACCACUAAUGGGAGCAGGAGCCUUGAUGUUUUUUGGUGCACUUAUCUUACAAUCAGUUGGAUUCAAGUCACACGUGUCUUUUCUUGGUCCUCUGAUUGCAAGUGUUUGCGGGAUAUGUGCAGCAAGGAUUUCCACGUUUUUCCUCAACAGAUUUGGAAGGCGAAUUCCUACACUGCUAUCAUUCUUCAUCAUAUUCAUCUCAAAGGUAAUGCAUCUGGAAUCGUUGUUUUCCCUUGGAGAAAUGCAUAAUUUAAGCAUUCAAGUUGUAGUCAAGAAGCCUUUUGAUUCUACCGUAGAGGUUUCCUUCUAUUCUCCAAUUUGGGUAGAUUUCCCAUCAGCUGCCAUAGCCUGGACUACUUCUAAUUGA